AUCGCCAAAUCCGGGGUAUCAUCGUGGGUCUUUGUCCUUACACGCUGUUUUUGUGGCCAUCUCCGAGGCAGUUUGACAAACUCGCCCGGCUAUUCUGAUUGUUGCUCUGUGGGAGUCUUUGGUAAUGUCGCGGUCUGGUCGAAUCAGCUGAGCUUCCGGUGGAUUGUGUGGCUUUUUCUGCCGAUAUGCAGCUAUGAGGGAGGGGCAAUGUACUUUCGUUUGACAGACGCCAGAGAUCUUUGCUAGCAGGACUACUAGCGUUUUAUCCAUGGCAGGCGACAUAUUUACCCUGGAACGCUAGCCCCUAGAUAAUGUCGACUUCCCCAUGUCUGUUUUUCUCGUUUUCCUCCUAGUUCAUCAAGGGUUCUGUUGCUGAGAAUUCAGAAUCCCGUCAUGUCACCCACGAACAGCGAGAAGCGCGCUAGCCAGGAUCGAAUUGAAGAUAUCGAGAAACCUACAGCUGAGAAUGUUGUUGACGAUAAUGAAGAUGAAGAGUUCACUCCGGCAGAGCAACGCAAGAUCAUUCAUCGCAUUGACCGACGUUUGGUCACGAUGACUGGUCUGGCAUAUUGUAUUUCUCUGAUGGACAGGACAAACCUCAGUAUGGCAGUUGUGGCAGGCAUGAAAGAGGCCCUUGAGCUAGACGUUGGAUCGCGAUAUUCCGUCGUUGUUCUCAUCUUCUUCGUUCCCUAUGUUAUAUUCCAGCCUCCCAUGACGAUAAUCACCAGAAAGCUGGGACCUACCAUAUUCCUGGGCAGUAUCAUUGUAAGCUGGGCUGCGAUCAUGAUUGGAAUGGGUUUUACAAAAGACUGGAAGCAAAUGCUCGUGUGUCGUAUACUUCUUGGUCUUUUGGAAGCAGGAUAUUUUCCCGCAUGCGUGUACCUUCUUUCAUCCUGGUACGCCCGGUUUGACGUCCAAAAACGCUUCUCAAUCUUCUAUCUCAUUGGAUGCGUUGCAUCGGCUUUGUCUGGAAUCCUAGCAUUCGGGCUAAUGCAACUGGGAGGAGCCCAUGGACUCGGGGGCUGGAGCUGGAUCUUCAUCCUCGAGGGAGUUAUCACAGGCGCAAUAGGUUUGCUGACAUUCGUCUUCCUCGUUGACUUUCCGGACAAAGCGCAUAAGUCGUGGAAGUUCCUCAACGAGAGAGAGUGCGCAUUCGUUAUCCGUCGUAUCAACCGAGAUCGAUCUGAUGGUGACUCGGAACCUUUCACUUUCAAACGCUUCUUCUCGCCUGCUCUGGACCUCAAAAUCUGGGGGUUUGCAAUGAUUUUCUUCUGCAUCACUACUGUCACAUAUGCCAUAGCUUAUUUCCUUCCCAUUAUCCUCCGGGAGGGCAUGGGAUAUGGGAUCGGUGCUUCUCAAUGCCUUGUUGCGCCUCCUUUUGGCUUCGCUGGUAUUGUAAUGUUCGGCACGGCCUGGGUAGGUGACAAGUACCGCGUGCGCGGUGCAAUUCUGGUCUUCAACGCCUUGAUUUGCAUCAUUGGUCUUCCCAUGAUGGGAUUUGCCAAGGGUAAUGCUGCCCGAUACGUUGGCGUUUUCUUGAGCACGGCUGGAGCCAAUGCAAAUAUCCCCGCUUGCAUGGCCUACCAAGCCAACAACGUUCGAGGCCAAUGGACUCGCGCUCUAUCAAGUGCUACACUAGUCGGGUUUGGUGGCAUUGGGGGUAUUGCAAGCAGCUUGGUGUUUCGAUCACAGGAUGCUCCUGGUUACCGGCCAGGAAUGUAUACGACCAUUAUAUGCAACAUCCUUAUUCUGAUCAUCGUCGCUAUUUUGAGCUUGUGGUUUCGGUAUUGCAAUAGGCAGGCAGACCGUGGAAAGCGUAUAAUCGAAGGAUCCGCCGAAUUUCGCUAUACUAUCUGAGCUUAGGCUUUUGGUGGAAGCUCAAGGUUUUCUUCAAGAUGAAAUCAUAUGAGAUCAUGUCGCCACUGCAGUGGUCGUGUCAUUGUCAGCAAGUCAUGAUAGUAUAUUUUAAUUUGAGAUAUUUCAAAACACUUAACAGAAGAUAAGUCUAGAGACUAAACUACCCGUAGUGUUUGGUGAUGAUGAGGCAGACAAGAACGCGUCUGGUCAUGUGCAAAUAGCUUAUUUGAAGCCCUUCUAAAAGGCAG